AUGAAUGGAAGAAGAGAAAUGGUUUAAUAAAUGAAGGGACAGCUCCUGCUGUAACAAAUUCUGGAAAUAUAAAGAGUUGCAAGUAUAUCAUUCAUGCUGUAGGGUUAAAGAGAUGAUGAAUAACUACUUUACGAUUGUAUUAAGGAUACAUGUAGAACUGCAUGUAAGUACAAUUUAAAAUCAGUUUCUAUCCCAGCUAUUUCUUCAGGGAUAUUUGGAUUCCCUAGAGAAUUAUGUGCAGCUCAUUUAUUCAGGGCUGUGGAAGAUUUUUGUUUUGAAAAUAGACCAGAAAUCUUAGUAGACUCUAUUCCUACUUUGAGAUUUGUUAGAUUCACUAACUUUGACUACCCGACAGUCGAAGAAUUUUAGAAGUAAUUUAAUUAAAGAUAUAAUAAAAGAUAAUAAUGCAUUCCUUUUACAGGCACUUUAAACUAAGGAUAUUAAAAUAAUUUGGAGUAAUCAAAUAGUGCUUCAAGAAAAAGCUAUUGCCAACAAGAUUUCCCAAUAAAUGAUGAAAUGAUAAAUAAGGUAAAAUCACAUAAGAAAGAAGUUUAAGAUUAAGAGACCUAAACUCUUUUAUCUUACGAUGAAGUUGAAAUGAGAAUAGAAAACUAGAUUAGGAAUUAAAUCAAAAAAGAAUUAGAAGCUUAAUAUUUUUAGAAGUAUUAAGAUCUUGUAGCCAAUUGGGACUACGAAAGAUAAUAGCUCUUGGAAAGAGAUUAAAAUUUUUAGAACUAUAAUUAAAGUUAAAAUUCUCAUUUCAACUAGAAUUAUUAAUCUUCUGGAAAUGGUUAGCAUUAUGAUUAGCAAUUAAGGAACAAUCAUUAAACGAAUUAUCAAAAUUAAUGGCAUAGUGGUUAUGAUCCUAGUUAGAAUAGUAAUGGGAAUAUGAGUUAGUAAUAUAUGAAUAGCAAUCAAAACUAUUAGCAAUACAACCAAAAUUACAGUAACUACUAAAAUAGCACCAAUUCCAAUCAUUAAUACUCGAGACAUUCUCAAGGGAAUGACCUAGAUAGAUAAAGAGGAAAAUAUAAUUGA